GGCGCGUUCAUACUCCGUAGGCAUGUAUUUUAAAUUUUCAUCAUUGACCGUCGAGACAAGCAAUGGAGUUCAAAACAACGAUUGCUAUGUCAGUUGAGUUUAAACAUUUUCCACUAUGAAUGAAAAAUUUGUUUCUUUAUGUUUGAUUUUUUUCUAAUAUUUAUAAUACGUAACGUAAAGUAACGUCUAGUUCAAACGUACAUUAGUGCUUUUCAUACUAUACUGACAAUGGAUGGUUCGAAGAAGGCUCGAUCUUCUAAAUUUGGAGAUAAUGUUUUAAAAAUAACUGAACCAUUCGAAAUAUAUAAACUUGAUUGUAAGGACAUGAUUUCCAACACUGAUGCUUUCAAGUUACGUAAUGCUUUGUUAACAAUGAAGUUCAAAAAGAAAUCUUGUGAUCUCUAUUCUUUUGGUCAAUCGCCUGAUUUUAACCUUUUACCUCGUAAUCAAAAACCAAAGGAAGUACUGCAGUUUUUAGAACUACUACAAAAAAUAAAAGAGAAAAUUUCUAUUUACCUUGAAAAAAAAUUUAACAAAACAAUCAGUGUAUCCUGCUCUAAAUAUGAUAAUGGAGAUUAUUUACUAUGUCACGACGAUUGUGUUGAUGAUAGGUCUGUAGCGUUUAUCUACUAUUUAAAUUACGAUUGGCUAAGUGAAUGGGGUGGAACAUUAGAUGUUUAUUCAGUUGACAACAAUUUUAAUGCUAAAAAAAAGGUCCAUAGUAUAAACCCUGAAUUCAAUACUAUGAUAUUUUUUCCAGUUGGUAAAAAUACUUAUCAUCAGGUUGCAGAGAAUGUAUCAAACUUUCCUCGCCUUUCUAUUAAUGGCUGGUUUCAUAGUGUAGACAAGAAUUGGGGAUGUAAUAAACAAAAGAUAGAGUUACCAUCUCCAAUAUAUUUACCAAUUUUAUUUUUGUCUUCUGCAAAGAGUAAAGGUUUCACGGGAAUUUCUAUUCAACCAAUAUUUGACGAUCCUUUAUAUAAAGAAGCAAUUCAGGAAAAAUUCAUUGAAGAUGGAUACAUCAUGUGUGAAGAUUUUUUCACAUCAAAUAUGAUAGAUAUGGUGUCUAAUGAAAUAUUUUCAAAUGAAUUAGAGUGGAAAGAAAAAGGACCUUUAAAUAAAAGGCAUUACAAGUAUGUUGAAUUGGAUAAAAUACCAUUUAGACUUAUGUUUAUUGUUAAUUUUUUGAAGACUGAUCACAUGUUUAAAUUUUUUAAAGACUGUACCGGUUUGGAUUUUAGUGGUGUUUCAAUUGAAGUGCAAAGAUGGCAUGGAGGACACUAUAUGGUAUCUGGCGGAAACGAUGGGUUACACUGUUUAAGUGUGUUGAGCGUCUAUUUAUUUUUUAGCCGUUGUUUUGGUAGCAUGUCUGAAAACGUAAAGGAUGAUGUUCAUUACGUUUUCGAAGAUAGAAAUACACUGGCUGCGAAAUUUGCAUGUAAACCUCAGCACAAUACUAUUUUUAUGGUGAAUCGUAAAUCAGAUAUGGAAUCAUAUGUCAAAUAUUGUAAAAAAGUUGAUGGACAUGCUUGGACUGUAAUUGUUGCUAAUUAUUUAGUUAAAAACAGCUUGGAUUGUAAUGUUAGGCUUAAACAAAUGACAAAUUAAUUUUACUUAUAUACAUUGUUUUUUUUAUUGAUAAACUUGUUAAUUUUCAAGUUAUAGUUUUUUGUAUUAGAAUUAGUAGAAUUUUAUCAUUGAUUAUUUAUUAUAGUUGUGCUGUGUAAUA